AUGCGUCAUGGCCGUACAGCUAUUGCGGUGGCCCAUCGACUCUCGACAGUCCAGAACGCUGAUGUUAUCUUUGCGUUUGACCAAGGAUCCGUGGUGGAGAAGGGUACGCAUAGUGAGCUCGUGCAGAAACGUGGCAGCUAUUGGGAUAUGUGCCAAAGUCAGGCCAUCGAUCAGCGCGGCAAUAGUAGGCAACAGCUUGGCAGCUUCUUCUUCUUCUUCUACUUCUUCUUCCACUUCUUCUUCUACUUCUUCUUCUACUUCUUCUUCUACUUCUUCUUCUACUUCUUCUUCUACUUCUUCUUCUACUUCUUCUUCGAUCUAGUGGCAUACCCUUCGUAGUAUCCUCGUCUCUUCAGACAAUUGGUGCAAUGCGGUCUAGCUUUGUCACAUUUGACAUGGCGCUUUUUGCAUGUCAUGCAUCCUGUUCUCGUUUUCUCCGUACUGUCCUUGAGAGCUUUGCUUUGCUGAGUCGAAUCGGUUCCAUUUGGAAGAAAAAGGCAAUGGUAUCUUUUUCAGAAGGCUAUUGAUGCUGACG